GUUAAACCUUCUGCAGGUUUCUUGUACUGUCAGUAUUCUUCACUUGGAUGUUCCUAUACCUGUAGAAGCGCGAGAGAAAAGCGAUUCACAGAAUUUUGCGGUCACAUGGAGGAAGUCAAGGACGGGUUUGUAGGUGAGGUAAGCUGUGCUUCUGUAGAUUCUGAAGAGGAGGAUAAGGACAAUGACAAGAAGGGGUUAGAGUUAAAGGGGAAGGAGGAGGAGACGAUGAAGAAGGAGGCAAGGCAGGAAGAGGAGUCAGCGGCAGGAAGAGGAGGAAAAGGCGAAGAAGGAAGAGGAGGAGAAGGACUAGCACAGGGAAGAGGAAAAGGCGAGGAAGGAGGAGGAGGAGGAGCAGGAGGAAUGGGAGGGGAAGGACAAGGAAGUGAAGAGGAAGCAAGCCAAGGCGGAAGAGGAGGAGGAGAAGGAGAAGGAGAAGGGGAAGGAGACGGUAAGCUAGGACAGGCAUUGGAUGCCACGAUGCUGGAACAUGUGCGAUCAUGGAUACCUGAGGUUCGUCCACAUGAGGUACCUUCAGAAAUGAUCGGGCUGAUGGGGAAAACUUUCCUUGGAUGCAGAGCUGAAAAUGUGGAUCCAUCCUAUGUUGCACUCUUUUAUGAGGGAGGACAUUCCCUGAAUUACAGUACCGCGAUGAAGGAGGAGGAGGUGGGACAAGAAGGAGGAAGAGGAGGAGGAGGAGGGGAUGAAGGAGGUGAAGAAGGAAGAGGAGGAGAAGGAGGCGGCGAAGGAGAAACAGGAGGGAAGGGAGAGGAGAAAGUGGAUGAACAACAGCGGGGAUGUUCUUGGGAUGUGAUGAUGGUGAUGCAAAAGGUGCGGUCUGGGAUAGCAGAGGGUCAUGGUGAUCUGCCUUCUGACAUCAUUCUGCUGGUGGAGAAGUCUUUCCUAAAAUGGAAAGGCGAGAAAGAGGCGAUCUCAUCUACUGCAUUCUUUCUGGCAGAGCUAUGGAGAGGUGUCUUUGCACCCAAUCCAUGGGAAGAGCCAAUUGUGUUAACACCAUCUUUGCUGUUGAAGAUCCUACAACCAGCCUCCUUCAACAGGGUGACAGCUGCAUUUUGUCAAUCUUUUGCUCGAAGGUACGUGGAACCGUUCAAGCCCUCUCGCAGGCUGAAAACGCUGUUUGCACUUAUCAAGCUUGUCAUGGAUGCUGACGAAUCGAACGAGGAGAAGAUACGUCCUCUGGAGUACUGUCCGCUUGCAGCCAUAUCCUUAAUGGAUGUUCACUUCAUCGAGAGUGAGCUUCCUAAUAUGAACCUCCCUCAUGAUGAGCAUGAUGAGACAAUGGAAAUGCUUGGUUGGCUGCAGAGCGGCUCCCGUCUCAUGAGCGCAAUGCGUAUUUGGGACACUUUGGCAGAUAUGUACUCUGACAUGGUCAACAAUGAGGGUGAAGCGAUUCAACAAUCGCUAUGUGGGGGGAACAGGAAGGCUAAGCAUCUGUUUUUGUUGAAAAUGAGGCUUAGGUGUGCACAUGACUUGAUCACAUUCUAUUUAUGGAACAAUGACAACCUCGGUCCGUGCCUUGAUUCAAUCUGUGAGCGGAUUGGUGAGACGGCUAGGCUCCAUCUGAUGGAGGAGAUGGUUAUGGCAUUGGUCGACAGAGUUUACGUUAGCGAGAUCAUCUCGUGUUCUUCCGGAGUCUGCGACUCGAUCACAAUCAUCGGGCAACAUGGUAAGGACUGCAAAGCCUUUCUGGAAUCUGAUUUCCUCAGGGACCAAUUUCUCAAUCUGGCGCUGAGUUUCUGCAACAGACGAGGCUACAAAAGAUGGUCAGUAGAGAUUUACGAGCGUAUGUACGAAGCAGGACAUGUGCGAAGAGGAUCUGGAGCUGCAUUCCACACAACAUCUUCGAUCGGGCGCUGCUGCAUUCGUUGGAGGCUGGCAAAGGAGCUUACCAUCGGCAGGGAGACCUGCUUUGUGUCUCGCAUGCGCGAGCUUCGCGCCCUAUGUGACAUGGGUCGCUUGUUUUCCGAAGUAAACGAAGAAUACAUGGCGAGGAGUGCCGCCAUCCUGGCAAUGGGAUUGGUAGAAUUUAUUCAGGAGGAGCUUGGCUGCCCGUUUACAAACUAUCCUAUAGAAGUUUCGGGCCGAGACUGGGCCCUUUCCAUGGAAAAGCUCUCAGCAUUUUGGGAUCGUGAGGGCCCCAUCCCGAUAGAGUUUUCUGAGUGUGCCCGACGAACCUGGUCAACUUUCAACCUGCUUACCCCACAUAGAGAGGCACAACUGCUGGUCGAUGCGGCAUGCCAGAGGGUCAUGAUGAUACACAUCAAGCGCAAACUUGAAGGAAUGUGGAGUCCGCCACUUGCGGGAGAUCUUUUUGAUGAGCACUCAUUGCAUGUAAUCCUCGACAGAGCUGUUCAGAUCCUGAAGUCAGUUCACAAACCUGACGAAGGAAUACUUGCCUUUGCCAGAUACAAAGCAUUGCGAGCGCACCAACAGUGCAUUCGGGGUAUUCAUCAGUUCAUGAAUGGACAUCUCGCUGAGGGAUUGAGAUCGAUGGAGCAUUAUGCUUCUUUCUUCAGAGAUUAUCCAUCGGCCCAACGCGUGUUGCUCUUUUCGCAUCUAGUUCGCGACCAGCAGAUGACUGCCAAAUGGAGAGCGGCAGCUCUCACGCUGUUUCAGUUCGAGCAGAGGCAAAUCGGGGAACUUCCACUGGCAAGAAUCUCCUUUCACGGAGAGUGGGAAGAGCUUCAAUUUCAUCGUUUGCAGAUUGAGUGCUUCAGGUACUCGUACCUUGAAGAGGGGUUCAUCUGGAACACACGGUCCCAUAACCGGUUCUUAUCUGCAGUGCUGAUGAACCGAAGAAAGUCCCAGAACCAGUUUCUACCCUAUGCAGAUCGCAAGCUCUUGGCUACGCAUGCUGACCACUCACUCUUUGCAAAGUUCGACUCCGACAAUGCCACCGCCAUGUCUAUGGUUCUUGAUGGUUGUAGGAUAUGUGGCCCUGGUGUCUUGCUGGUGCAGUACCACUUCUGUUCCGGCGACCCAGAGGCCUCACGACUGGAAUCGCUUCUGAUUUACACCUUCAGAAUUGGAGAUGGAAAUACCCACGUUCUCCGAACCCGGCAUCAAGUAACGAGUCGUGGUGUGGACGAGCAAGUGGGGCAGCUUACCGAGCUACUAAAAGACAGCUCCGCUUGUACUCGCAGCUCUCGGCGCAGAAGGAGGACUGUGCCUUCCCCCUUCCAAUCUUCCGUCCAUUGCAGUUCUCAAUCUGGGAGUUCGGAAAUGAACCGCUGCCGCAGUCCUUCGCGCUCAGCAGAUGUUGAAUCAGAUGCUGCUUUCCCUGCUUUCACUGCAGGACGUGCUGCUAUACAGGAGCGAGGUCAAAGUUGGGCGUCACAGUCGACAAGCUCACAUGGUCAAGAAGCACAAGCGUGGGACGUCGAGUUAGCACGGAAGCGAAAGAAAAUGAGGUCCAUUCUCCAGAGGCUCUAUGCAUUUCUCAUUGAGCCCAUUGAGGACGAUAUAGUCAGCCUUUCCCCGGAAGACAAGCUGGUAUUCGUGCCACAUGGGAUUCUAUGGAACGUGCCAUUUGCGGCGCUGCGCGACAGGAAAAGGCGAUUCUCAGAAAAACCUUAUCUGAUUCAGCGGCACACAGUUGCUGUAGUCCCAGGACCACAUCUUAUUCCCACAUUCAAGGAGAGGAGUGAGGACCUGUUGAAGAUGAUGGAGCAGCCAUCGGCAAGAGCUCCGUCCACAGCAAGUACGACAACCGAAUCACUCUGGAAGUCGCUUGUCGUAGGUGAUCCUUCACCCACACCCUUCAGUUUGCAACCACUUCAUUACGCUGCAGAAGAAGCCAAAGUGAUCCAUGAACUUUUGGUUCCUGGCAGUGCAACACUUCUUACAGGAGCAAAUGCAACAAAGGUGGAAGUACUCAAGGCACUUCAGGCUGGUGCGCCAAUUGCCCAUUUCGCAGCUCAUAUGUUGGUCGGGUCUAGGGAGGACUUACAGAAGUACCAAAUCGACCACGACUUCAGUAUGGGGGCUCUGAUUCUUACGGAAGAACCCCAUGUGAACACAACGGAUACCAUGGCGGAGACAUCGGAUGCUUCUGACACUCCACCCACCGGGACGGCAAGUCAGACAUCAACGUGCAUUCCUUCUGAAUCGACGAUCUUGGGAGUCCAAGUCGUUGAGAAAGACAUCCGAGUCCCCAACCUGGACUCGGAACCGCAGACUGAGUCUUGUGAGGGCGUACCACGCAUGGAGAUGCCCGUAACAGAUGCUGAAGCAACAGGCGAUCUGGGUGGCCAAUCUGAUGAUCCAGCAGUACAUGGGCCUUGGAUGCGGUCAGAUGCAAACAUACCAACCAUCACGAGUAUUGCUGAAACAGCUUCUGGCGAUUCUGGCGCUCAAACCACUGCGCCAGCGGAUCAGACGGCAAUGUGCAUUGCUGCCGAAUCGGCAAUCUCAGAAGUCCGAAUGGUCAAGAAAGACAUUCAAGCUAGCGACCUGGACGUGAAUGCGCAGACCGAGUCUUUCAAAAAUAUACCACUCAUGGAGAGGUCUGUAACAGACGCUGAAGAGACAUGCGAUAUGGGUACUCGAUCUGAUGAUGUAGCCGACAGUCCGGCAGUGCAUGGAUCGUUGGUGCUUUCAGAAGCAAACAGUGCCAUACCAACCAUCAUGAAUACUGCUGACACAGCUGAGGAUUUUGGCUCUCAGGAUGCUGGGCGAGCAGAGCAGACAGCAAUGUGCAUUGCUUGCAAAUCCGAUUCGGCGGUCUCAGAAGUAGGACUAGAUAAGAAAGGCACUCCCAACUUGAACAGUCUGAACUUGGAUACACCGACUGAGUUUUCUGAAGAUCUACGAUUCGUGCAGAUGUGCAUAACAGACGCUGAAGCAACAGGUGAUCGAGGUCCUCAAUCUGAUGAGCCAGCAGGUAAUCGAGCAGUACAUGGAAUUUUGGUGCUGUCAGACGCAAACGUACCAGACGUAAAGAAUACUGCUCACACAGAAGCAGGUGAUUCUGGUGAUCAAGCUGUCAGGUCAGCAGACCGGACACCAUGGUGCAUCGUGUCGACAAUUUCAGAAGACCCACUUGUUGAGAAAGAAACUCUCAAGCAGGACUCAGAUCCGCAGACCGAGCACUCCAAAGACGUACCGCUCAUGGAGAUGGCAUUGCCCAUAACAAAUGCUGAAGCAACAUGCGAUCUGGUUUCCUCUCAAUCUGAUGAGCCAGUACAUGGAUCUUUGCUGCAGUCAGGUGCAAAAAUACUAGUCAUUAUGAGUAGUGAUGACACAGCUGAAGAUUGUGGUGCUCAAGCUGCUGCGUCAGGAGAGCAGACAUUCGUGUGCAUUGUUUUGCCGACCUCGGAGGCUCAACUUCAGAACGAUGUGCCGAAACAGGGCUUAGAUGCACAGACUGAGUGUCCUAAACCCGUACCCGCGAUGGAGAUGAUGGAGAUGCCCAUAACAGAUACGGAAGCAACGGGCGAUCUGGGCCCUCCAUCUGCGUGCAGUGAGCGAGCGGAUACUCCCGCAGUGUCUGGGUCUUUUGUGCUGCCAGGUGUCCUACACGAGAAGAAAGACGUUUCAAGGGUGAAGACAGGGAUGGGAAUUGGAACUAUCAAUCCGCAUCAGACGGCUUCAGGGAGUGCUAAAAAAAGGACAAAGGCUUCAGGGAGUGCUUCUCCAAAUGAACCUGGUCCAGUAACUGGUGAAGGAUUGGAUGAAUUUGACAAGCAGGUGAAAAGUACAUUGACGCAUUUCACGCGUUCUGAGUUUUCGAAAUCAGAGCAGAUUUUGAAGCUAUGUAAGAGCUUUGAGCGAAGCGCCACACGAUGGGAGCCACCAUUUGGUUCUGAAGAAGGAUUGUCCGGCUCGAGUACAGUGAAUGCUGUGGGGUCUAACGUGAAAGCCGCGUCUGAAUCUGAUGACGUACACUCGGGAGUGCUCAAGGCUGAAGAGAUCAUGAACUUUCUGGAAUUCGACGUGCGGUCACUUCUGGUGGUUCUUAGCUGCUGCAGCUCGGCGCAGGGUGAAAACCGACCUGACGGUGUCCUCAGUUACGCUAGAGCCUUCUUGAUCUCCCAAGUUCCUUGUCUGGUGUCGUCCAUCUGGCAAGUUGACGAUCAGGCAUCAUUUUCACUCAUGGGCUCAUUUUAUAGAGCAAUGGCAGAAGGUCAUGACACUUCUUCCUCCCUACGACUUGCGAUGCUGGAAAUGAUUGAAGCAAGGCCAGCAGUAGAGAACGCUCCUUUGCCCUCAGAAUUUGAGACUCGUAAUGGCUCUCGUGGAGGGAACUUGGGAGCAAACGCAUUCUCAACGGGAAUGGAUCAGACAUUGCACACCAGAAAGUGUUACGGAGAGUUUGAAGACGGACAUCACCCACGUCACGAUGGUGUCGCCAAGUUUCAAGCCAUGAGAACUUGUGCUUCUAGAGAUGGACAUCAGCAGGAGCAUUUUACACAGAGUCAUAUGAGAUGCAAAGGUACUAGAAGCAUAGGUUCUCUUGCCCAAGAAUCCAAGGAUGCUCCAGUGCAAAGCGCUCAAUGUAACGGCUCUGAAGAAACUUCUCCUACCUACUUGGCACCGACUCACAUUUGCAGGGAGUGGGAGACAAGAGGACCGGUUUUUAGUCGCCUGUCCACGAUUGCAGGCAAUGUGCUGAGUUCGUAUCAGGAUGGCGAUGAAGACCAAGAGACACAACAGCUAGGCGGCACUCAAGAUGAUUCCGGUGCUGACUCUGACGCUGACGAUGAUGCCUUGGAGGGUCACUUGAUGUGGGAUCCAGAAGACUGGGGUGCUUUCCUUUCAAUAGGCCUACCAACCUUGCGAAUACCUUCGUGGUUGUUCUUCCCCUCCACCUCCUCCUUGUCAUCUUCCCCUUGAAGUUCUUCUUCUUUUUCUUCUUCCUCUUCUUCUUCUUGUUCUAAUUACGAAUAGCUGCCAUUUCAUU